AUGGCUGCGGGUGCCCUGACUGCCCCGGCCAGGGAUGAGUGCCCACCAUCGAUCAGGAAGAUAAUUUACCAGUACAUCACAGCGGAGGAGGAAGAGGCAAUUCAGAAGCAAUUCAAAUCCCCACAAUCGUGUUCCAUCUUAAAGAUCUUGUGGAGUGGUGUUCCCAGGAGCUUGGCAGAGAAAUGGGCGCACGACCGCGGUCAUCAGACCUUAGUCCUGGCUAUGGGCCCUCUGCUGGAAAGAAAGAAGUCAUCGGGCUUGAAGAAUUCGAAACGAACUUCAAGGUAUUGGAGCAGUUACAUGAAAGGGGCUUCGGCCUUGUUUGCGUGGCACGCGGCUCUCUCGUCGACCGUAGUCAUUUUAACCCCCCCGCCACCGGAAAGAUUCCAUCCCUUAGGAUGCACAAAUCUGCAAAUCGUCGAGAUGCCUGUCAUUGCGGAACAUAUAAGGCUUUCUGCGGAUGAGAUUCGCGUAGUAUUGGUGCAUCCCACUGUCAAAGGAGCGGACGAUUUUAGCUAUCAGAUCUGGCCUAGCGACCAGACGGUGCUUUGGAAGGAAAGGUUCGGACACGUGCUUUUCGAACCACCGCAUUGGAGGGCGAUGAAAUCAAAUUCUAGAUACGUACAGGAAGUUGGAACGGGAGAUCCCAGCUUAAGCGGCAAUCUUCAAUCCUUCGAGACCUAUGUUCAAGAUCAACAGCUAGCCUCUAUUCCGACGAAAAGGAAUAGAGUUUUCGUUGAUGCUUCCCAAACGUUCUUGUGCUCAUCACGAUCCACGUCUCAGCGCAAGCGAAAGAGGAGGAAGAAGGCUAGCGCAAAGUGUGACAGGAAGGCUGUGAAAGAAAUGUUGAAAUCUGCCAACGAGAAGCCGAUCUCAAUAACGAAAGGGGCAGGAACCAAAGUAGCAGAAAGAAAGCAAGCGAAAGAGGAAACGAAAGCCGGUGGAAAGAAGAAAAAGAAGAAAAAGAAGAAGAAGAAGAAGGAGAAGGAGAAGAAAGAAAAGGAGAAAGUGAAGAAAAAGAAGGAGAGGGAGAAGAAAGGCGCAAAGAGUACGUCUAAGACACUCAGUCAGGAAGACCAAAACCAAGGCGGUACACAAAGGACUGAACCCCGCGGCAGGAAACGAAAGAACAAAAAAGCUAAGAAAAGCUUGAAGACUGUUGCAAAGGACAAGGUAAAGGACGACAGAGUGUCGAGAUCAGGGGACUCAAGAAGCGUACAGAUGGAGGAGAAGGCAAAAACCAAGCAGGGCGUGGUUCCAGUGAGGGAGUCAAAGACCAAGUCGGCAGCAAAAAAGGCAUGUGCGAAGAGGACUGACGUCAAGGAGGUGGCUACGGGGCCAGCCAAAGGCAAGAAGCAGACCAAUGCACAAGCCAAACCAACGGAGAAGUGAAAGAAGAAAGCUGCAAGGAGGGGAUGCUCGGAACUGGCCGCGGUCGUAUAAUUGAAACAUAUGCUUGGGCCAUGGUAUGACGUUGGCUUAAGUACAUGUACACGCUAUCUGACGGAUGUUGCGGGCAAAGCAUGGACUUGUGGAUCUUCGUGUAGUGGUC